CCCUCCAGAAACACACAGCUCUCAGCCCUACCGAAACACACAGCUCUCAGCCCUCCAGAAACACACAGCUCUCAGCCCUACAGGAAUCUUUGUCUGUCCUCUCGCCUGUCCCCACAAGUCAGAAUCACCUAUCAGAUCUGGCUAACUAGAGAGCAGAGGUCAGAGAGCUCAAGAGGGCUCUUUUUCGCGGUGUGUGUCUGUGAGGGCGCCCCCCACGAAGGAACCCUAACCAGGGGAGUGCCAUGCGGCCCAAGACGUUCCCAGCCAGCCCGUAUGUGGGCAACACACGCCAGCGCCUCCAGGAGAUCAAGGAGGGGCUGAAACAGCCGGCCAAGCUGGUGAGCCAGGCGCUGCUGGGGGGCAGUGCCCGCGGCGAAGGUGGGCGAGGGGCCGAGGGCAAGGGCAAAGACCCCGGCAGCCGCCAGCAGCAGCUCAGACCCCCCCAGAAGUUCAACAACUACCAAAACGCGCUGCGCGAAAUCCGCAAGUCCCUCAUGCCCUUCGCCAACGAGUCGGGACCGUCCUCUGGCUCUGCCCACCCAGUCGGCGACGUCAACAGACAGAUGCUGCAGGAGCUGGUCAACGCUGGCUGUGACCAGGAGAUGGCGGUGCGAGCCCUGAAGCAGACAGGAAGUAGAAACAUUGAGGCAGCGCUGGAGUACAUUAGCAAGAUGGGCUACCUGGACCCCCGCAACGAGCUCAUCGUCCGCAUAAUCAAACAGACCUCGCCAGGAAAAGGGGGAAUGCCAAACUCAAUGGACCACCGGCCUUCGUUGGAGGGGACAAGUGAGGGUGCCAUGCCUGCAUACCAUCAGAUGGGGGCACCAAUGUACGAAGGUUCCCAGUACGGACCUGAGGGGGAGAUGCCUCGACCAUACAUGGGCGCUCCCCCUGUCAUGAACUACAUGAUGCCCCCCACAGGGGCAGCGCAGGGUGCUGCCAUGGGCAACCCUCUGGGCCGGCCCCCCAGCAUGGGGCCCUACCCCCCUGCAAUGUCGACCCAGAACAACCCCGGCAACCCCAUGUACACCCCAGGGCCGCAGCAGAAGGCCUACCCUGGCAGCAUGGAGCAGCAUGGGCCCAUGCUGAGCUACAGCGUCCCUGGACAGCCCCUGCAGCUCCAGCCCCAGCCACCAGGGGGCCCCGGCCCUCACUACGACUACAGUCAUGCCCGGCCGCACAUGAUGGAGCCUUCAGGGUACGGGGUCCAGAGGAGUGCCUCCUUUCAGAACAAGAUGGCCCCCAUGGCGCCGGACAACUACAUCAGCAUGCAAGGCAAAGGGGGGCUGGGGCAGAACGGGGGGGUUUACCCUCCUAAUCUGUACCUCCCGCCCCACUCUCACCCCCGCCAGUCCAGCCCCACCUCCCACCAGGUCCACAUGAUGUCUCGCUCCCCCGGGGGGGCCACUGCCAUGGGCCCUGACUUCUCCGACAUCCCCCAGGGCCUGUUGACGCCCUCCAGGGCCAGCCUCAACCUGGACCUGUACGAGCACCACUGGGUCGGGCCCCAGGGUCCAGACGGGGCCCCUCCAUCCAGGCAGCCCCAGCCUCAGGGGCCCUUCCGGGGGGAGGUGCGUGUGCCCAGCAGGACCAACUCAUUCAACAACCGCUCCACCCCCAACAACGUCCGGCCCACCAUGGCCACACCUGCAACCAACAAGCAAGAGUCCACCCUUGGCCCUCCCAACACCAUCACUGCUGUGACGUCACCCCCUAUCCAGCAGCCGGUGAAGAGCAUCCGGGUAAUGAGGCCUGAGCCCAAGACAGCAGUAGGGCCAUGUCACCCUGGCUGGCUGGCUGCCCAGGAAGCAGCCGAUCCCCACUCCUACAUACCCGAGGAGACCUACACCUUGGAGCCAGCCCAGGAGCCCCGCUGCCCGCCGCCACCCUAUCCCAAAACCCUGCUGCUGCCUGGGGCUGCUGGUGAGUCUGGGGCGCUGGAGGGGGCUGGAGCCAUGGGCGGGGUGCCUGACCUCAGCGGCCCCACCCGGUCUGCGCACGGCAGCGGAGGAAGCGGAAAGGGAGAGGAGGGCAACGUGAAGGAGAAGACCAAGAAAGGAGAGAAGGCAGUGAAGGACAAGAAGCAGAUCCAGACAUCGCCGGUGCCGGUGAGGAAGAACGGCCGUGACGAGGAGAAGAGGGAGUCGCGCAUCAAGAGCUACUCGCCCUUUGCCUUCAAGUUCUACAUGGAGCAGCACGUUGAGAACGUGAUGAAGACCUACCAGCAGAAACUGAACCGCAGGCUCCAGCUGGAGCAGGAGAUGUCCAAGGCUGGCCUAUCAGAAGCGGAGCAGAAGCAGAUGAGGAAAAUGCUCAACCAGAAGGAGUCAAACUACAACCGCCUGCGGCGUGCCAAGAUGGACAAGUCCAUGUUCGUCAAGAUCAAGACGCUGGGCAUCGGCGCCUUUGGCGAGGUGUGCCUGACGCGCAAGGUGGACACGGGCGCCCUGUACGCCAUGAAAACGCUCCGCAAGAAGGACGUGCUCAACCGCAACCAGGUGGCCCACGUCAAGGCUGAGCGCGACAUCCUGGCUGAGGCCGAUAACGAGUGGGUGGUGCGUCUCUACUACUCCUUCCAGGACAGGGACAGUCUGUACUUUGUCAUGGACUACAUCCCCGGAGGUGACAUGAUGAGCCUGCUCAUCCGCAUGGGGGUGUUCCCCGAGCCGCUGGCACGCUUCUAUGUGGCGGAGCUGACGCUGGCCAUCGAAAGUGUUCACAAGAUGGGCUUCAUCCACCGCGACAUCAAGCCCGACAACAUCCUCAUCGACCUGGACGGACACAUCAAGCUGACGGACUUCGGCCUCUGCACGGGCUUCCGCUGGACACACAACUCCAAGUACUACCAGAAAGGGAGCCACGUCAGGCAGGACAGCAUGGAGCCCAGUGACUUCUGGGACGAUGUGUCCAACUGUCGCUGUGGCGACCGCCUGAUGACCCUGGAGCAGCGCGCCAGCCGCCAGCACCAGCGCUGCCUGGCCCACUCCCUGGUGGGAACGCCCAACUACAUCGCCCCAGAGGUGCUGCUACGCAAAGGCUACACCCAGCUGUGUGACUGGUGGAGUGUGGGAGUGAUCCUGUUUGAGAUGCUUGUGGGACAGCCGCCCUUCCUGGCCCCCACCCCCACUGAGACGCAGAUCAAGGUGAUCAACUGGGAGAGCACGCUGCAGGUGCCCCCCCAGGUGAAGCUCAGCCCGGAGGCCGUGGACAUCAUCGGCCGUCUCUGCUGCUCUGCCGAGGAGCGUCUUGGCAGGAACGGCGCUGGAGAAAUCAAGGCCCACUCAUUCUUCCACCAGAUGGACUUCUCCAGCAACCCGCGCACCCAGCCAGCCCCUUACCGACCCAAGAUUGCCCACCCCAUGGACACGUCAAACUUCGACCCUGUGGAGGAGGAGGGGGGACCCGGGGCGUGGAGUGACAGCGGGGACAGCGCUCGUGCCUGGGAGACGUUGUGCUCCCCUCACGGGAAACACCCGGAACACGCCUUCUACGAGUUCACCUUCCGUAGGUUUUUUGACGACAAUGGUUGCCCCUUCCGCUACCCUAAGCCCCCCGAGAACACCCACGACCCGUCCAGCAGCAGGGCCGGCAGCCUGGGCCCUGAGGAAGAAGAUGAGGAGGAUGAGGAGGAGGAGGAUGAGGAGGAGGAAGAACAGGCAGAGGGCUGUGAGCCUGUGUAUGUGUAGGACAUACUGGUUGGCCUCUCCUCCAAUCAACAACCCACAACUGGCCGUUUGUCAAUGCUCUACUCAGAAGCGUGCGUGUGUGUGUGUGUUUUUGUGAGAUUGAGAGUGAAAUUGAGAACAGGAUGACCUGACAACUGUUUAACAACUCAGCCACUACUGUGUGGAAUCUCCAGCGUUAGGAGACAGAGCGAAGCAGGACUCCCCCUGACCAGGACCAAGAACCUCCAUACUGUGUAUGACUGAGCAAGGUGUGGGACAUACUACCUUGACCAGAGAACAGAUACCUGAACAGAAGGUCAAAGGUGUUCCGCGGUCAGAACAUCAAGAUUAAGAGUUUGAACCUGGGACCAUGACUCAUUGUAGUCUUCAUGGUCCUAGUGCUCUGUGAUUCCCAUUCCUUUCACUGCGGGUCUUAUCGAGAUCCCUGGAACUCCAGACUGGCCUGUGGGUAGGAAGCUUACGCAAACACUUCCUACUUCCUGUUUCAACACUCCCUCCUCUAUUGGUGACUGGUGAUCCGGAACCAGUAUCUUUCCUUUGAGGUUAGAGAUGGACUGAACUGACUGGUAGUACAGCAAACUGGGGAACUAUUCAAAUAUUACAAAUGUCUCACAGUAGAGCCAAAAUAAUCUACCAAACAUUCUCACGCACACACAUAAAAACAAUCUAUACAGGACUCUCUGUGAAUGUUGCAUUAGGUGUUUGAAAUAAUGCUCCAGUGUUUCCAAAGAUUGUUGUUGUCAAAUCAGACAAUCUCAGCAUAGUCAUAUGUUGUUUUGACCCUGCAGCCCCACAGUCAACCGGAGUCCCUCUAGUGGUAACGCAAGCACUGUGACCUCUUGUGCUGUAAACUACCAAUGAAAAUUGAGAUUCAGAAUGAGUGUUAAUAUUUAGCUGAAGACACAAUCUCUAUAUGUAAAGUAUGGAGUUUUGAUCAGUCUGACUGUUUGGGUUGAUGAGUCAAUCAAUGCAAAUUAUUCUCCAGCUGAUUGUGUUCAGUUCCAAGGAUAUGUGGGACUGAAAGUGUGGGCCGUGUUUUUUUCUGUGGGCAGGAGCCAUUCUUCCCCUCGGUUGUUGACUGUCCUUCUUCAUACUUACACUAAUCACAUUUUAUCCACCUUAACAUUUCAAAGCUCCACCCACACACGCGCGCGCACGCACAAACACAUGCGUGCAGACACACACAGGCACACACUCUUUCAGUAUUACAGACGUGCAAGUGGCACUGCUGUCCCGCCCAUGGUGAUCUGAGCGCUGAGUUUUCUAGUUUGGAGACAGAUGCCUGAAUAAUGAAUAACUGAAUUAAAAGUUAAAAACAUGUGAUAGCGUUACCAUGUGCAAUACAGAAAACACAAUAUAGUUUUCUAAACACUUAAUAUCCUUUUGAACUUUUAAUACUGAAAUACGCUAUGUACAAAUAUAUUGGUUUAUAUUAUAUCUGUGUAGUUACAUGACCCCCCAUGCUGCUUAUUUUUGUGAUUAAUAUUAUUUACAUUAUUAUCAUUUCAGUUAUACAAGUGUUUUUGGUGUGUGCAGAACAAGUGUGGGUUUGACUGUGUGUGUGGUUUGGAAAGUGAGGAACUAUGUGCCUUCUAGUAGAAUGUUGGUGCGUGUUCACCUCAUGGCACUCAGUGUUGAGGCUGAGUACCGACAGUAGUGAUGGCUACCCCCCCCUCUCUUUCUCUCUCUCUUUCUCUGCAUCCAGGCUGGCCCUGUAUGUAAGAAGGGGGGGUGGGAGGUGGGGG